UGCAAAUCACAUCAAAGCCAUUGAAGGUCUUGAUCGUUUGGAGCAUUUGACAAAGCUUCACCUUAGAGAUAAUCAAAUUGACAAACUGGAUAGAUUCUCUGAAAACAUGAAAAACCUGCAAUAUUUGAAUAUGAGGGGAAACAGUGUCUCGGACAUCAAAGAGGUCAAUAAACUAAAGUGUCUCCCAUUACUGAGAGCUCUAGUACUCAUGGAGAACCCAGUAUCAGAUGAAGACGACUAUCGUAUAGAAGUAUUGAUCACUUUACGAAGACUCGAGAGACUCGACAAAGAUGAAUACACAGAUGACGAGAGACAAGAAGCAGAGGAGAUUUACGAGCAAAGACGACAAGAAGAAGCUGCUGCGCAAGGAACACAAGAAAUCAUUCAGACUGACGAGGAUGACUGACCGGGUUACCUGUCUAGUUAUAAUCCGCGCCGCGGUGCACUGGUUUAGUCCUGGUUUGAGAUGAUAGUACGACACUCUAUCUGUCCCUUUAUAUCAAUUGUUGUAAAUAGAUUCCAUUGUAUUAAAUMUUUGAUUGAUCA